AGAAAUGCCUCGGCUGAUUAGUCUGAUACGGUUGUGUCAUGUGUGCGGUUCGAGCUGCUUGAGCCGUGUUGUGACUCCGCAAUAACGCGUAUUCGUACACGGCGGCCAAGCCGAUCGUUUCCGAGGCUUGAGGAGGAUUAUGUCGUUGAUCAAGACGUUAUGGAGGUGUGCGUUCAGCCCGCGGCUUUUAAAGGUUUACGAGAUACCGUGGAUCGAUCACAUGGUUGACAAAUCGUACGAGCCGAAGAACCUCGAGCGAUGGACCGAUCAGAUCGUCAUUUCCUUCGCAGCAAUGUGGUCCAUAAGCGUCUACAUCGUACCACUGAUCGCAACGUUUAUGUACCACCGUAACUAUUCCUUGACAGACAACGCGUUUUAUUUGAGUAAAUUGGCAGCCGGUGCUAGUCUACUUUUCAUAACUUCAUUGGCCGCGCGGGGUUACUCCAGAGUCAACAAUCCAGUGUACGCACGAUUUGUGCAGACUUUAAACGAAGCACAUUUGGACUAUAAUGAGAGAACGAAGCAAGAGCUUCUUAAAUAUGAUUUUGAGUUCUGGGGGUGGCCCGUGGACUUUGACGUAUCACAGUUAAGAAGUGAUAAAGCUAAACUAACGUUGGAAAAAAUUGCGAAGGCUGAAGGACGUCCGAGACGCCAGAGUGGCAAAGAAUUUCUGUACGCUAUACCGUGUAAAUUACUCUCUUACAUAGUAGCGCACACUCUCGCAAUUAAAUUAAUUUAUCCUGGCAGUUUAACCAUUAUAAAUUGGGCGCUCGCCUCUGCAUUACUGAAGGGGAGGAUGGACUUGAUAAAGCAGGGUGGAGAAAGAUGCAAGCUGAUAACGGCCGAUAAGAAUCAAAUUGAUGCCAUGUUCAUCGAUCGACGCAACAAGAGCGCUAACGGCAAUAUACUGGUCAUAACUUGCGAGGGGAACUGUGGUUUCUACGAAACGGGCAUUAUAUCCACUCCCCUGAGCAAGGGCUACUCCGUGCUGGGCUGGAAUCACCCAGGCUUCGCCGACUGUACCGGUGCGCCGUAUCCGAGCCAGGAGGAGAACGCGAUCGAUUGCAUAAUGCGAUUCGCGAUCGAGCGCCUCGAGUUCCCCGAGGGACGGAUCAUCCUCUACGGCUGGAGCAUUGGGGGCUACACAUCCACCUGGGCCGCUAUGAAUUAUCCUUCUGUUCAAAGUUUGGUGUUAGACGCCACGUUCGAUGACAUACUUCCAUUAGCUAUUAAAGCAAUGCCACCGUCCUUCGAAGGUCUAGUUCGCAAUAUAAUCAGAUGUUAUUUCAAUUUAAAUAUAGCAGAACAACUUAAUAGGUAUAAUGGACCUAUAUUGCUAGUGAGAAGAACAGAGGACGAAAUAAUUUGUAUACCUAAUAACAGUCUAGCUGGCAAUCGUGGCAAUAUGCUGCUAACGAAACUGCUUCUCAGACGUUACCCGCAUUUGUUCUCUGAAAACGCUAAUGCUAGCACGGUUCUAAAGAGGUUUUUAUCCGCCGAAGCUUCUGACAGAGCCUCGAUAUUGCAAUCGUUUCGAAUAGACGAGAAACGAUGCCUAGAAUUAAUAGCGGCUGAUGUACGAGAGGACGAUGGAGCAGUAAGCUAUCCGUCUACUUUGGGACAAGACUGUAGCAUCAAAGAUAAAUUACAGCUGGUUCUAUUUCUCGCAACGAUGUACAUGAAAGAUCAGUCAUCGUCACAUUGCAUACCGCUGUCGGUUGAUCUCUUUCAUCCAGGCUGGGAUCCAACGUCCGCGGUUGCUGCUACGAAAUAGGUCUCACGACGCUAUAUGUUAUAAGUUAAAACAGGCUUUCCGCAAAAAGUUGUUAUGAAUAUCGUACAGUACGAAAACGAACAAAGGUGGGAAUAACACGUUCAGUGCAUUUCAUAUCAAGUUUUCAGCCAGCGCCGGACUACGCGCGAUUCGUAAUUCAAUAUAAAUUUACAUUUGUGAACAGUGUGGAGGGGGAAAUUCUUCGAUUCCUCAUAUGCGAUUCGCCGUUCGCACUGACUCGAAUUACGAAUGAUAUACUGCGAAUCGCGAAUAAGUGUAAGAUUUACACUGGCGCAGGGUCGGAUUAAGAUUUUUGAGGGAGGCCCAUUUUCAGUUAUUCGGAAAAUAAAUAUUCUUGAAUGAUGCUUGGGUGAGGCCCGGGGUUGUCCCUCCUUAAUCGGGCCCUGAAUUGACGAAUUUUCCCGAAUGCUCAAUAAAUCUCUGCGAAUCACGAAUCGCCAGUUACGAAUCGCGCUUGGUCUGGCGCCAGCUUUACACGUACACACGCAAGCAUUAUUUAUUUCACAUUAAACUGAUUAUCUGAUCUUGUUUGGAUUGGUGAUGAAUGUUACAUACUAGAUAUCCUCUUUCAUUUCGCUGCUAGUAUCUUAAUUAGGUUACAAUAAUCACUUCCUUGAAAUUGAUUAUUAUACAAAA